AUGGAGAUGCAGUUUGAAGAAAAGUUAAAUCAAAUAAGGCAGUCCUUGCAGCAAGAGUUUGAUGAGAAAAUUGAAUCUCUCGCCCGCUCUCAGCAACAGACUCAAGGAACACCUCAAACAAUUGAACAUGAUGUUGUUCGAGUCAACACUAAAGGGAGUUGUGCUGCUACUACUAUUGAUCCUUCAGGAAAAUAUACUCAGACUGAUGCAUCACACCAGUGUGAGUUAUAUGUUGAAGAUGACCCCCCGCGUCUAGUGGCUAUUGGUCGAGUUUUUGAGGGUGGUUUAACCAUCCAUGGUGUCCCUCUACAGGCAGAGUGGACACGAGUAGUAGUUGAUGAAGUUCAUGAUGCUAAUGCUCCAGUGCCUUUUCCUAAUGAAGAGAUUCAAUUAGUGGGGCAGGCAAGCAGGAUAUUCUUGGCUUGGCCAAGACGUUUGGUUAUGCCACUAUCAGCACAUACCAAGGAGGACUUGCAUCGUGCUAAGCAUAAAAAACAACCUAUUAUUGAUGAGGAUUUGACGAAUGUGAUGAUGAUCCCAUCUCUAUGUUGUUGA